AUGGUCUCACAUGUGAUUUUCGAUCUCGAUGGUCUUUUACUCGAUACUGAAACAAUUUAUGAAGCUGUUCUGGAGAAACUUAUGAAAAAGCAUGGCAAAAAAUUCACGAAAGAAUUAGCAGGAAAUAUCAAAGGACAAAAGGAACGAAAUGCAAUCGAAUAUCUUCUGAAAGAGGUGAGAUUACUCUCCAAAGAAUGUAUUCCGAUGGCACUAUGCUCAGGUUCGCGUGAUAAAACUUACACACCUCGAAAAGAAAACCAUAAAUGGCUGGAUCUCAUUCCAAUGCGGUUAUUUGCUGGUGAUGAACCCGAUAUCAAAGAAGGGAAACCCAAGCCGGAUUGCUUUUUGGCUACAAUGAAUAGGUUCCCCAAUAAACCCCAAAAUGCAUCUAAAGUGUUAGUGUUUGAAGACUCUGUAAAUGGAGGAAAAGCAGCAUUGGCGGCUGGUAUGAAAUGUGUCAUGGUGCCGGAUGAUAAAUACCGUGAAGAAGCGAAAAAGCUCAAGGUUGACAAAGUCUUGAAUAGCCUAGACGAGUUCAAGCCAGAAGAGUUCGGCCUUCCUGCAUACGAUUGA